AUGGUCCGGGAGCCCGAUGACAAGGAGGUGGAGCUCUAUGACAAGCUCGUUUCUCGUGAUGGGCUGCCCUGCGGCGUGCUAGAUCCCGACUUCGCUGACCCUCUUGAUGGCAAGUUGGUGUUGGAGCGGGGCUUCCGGUACACAAUUGAGCUGGAGUGCGAGGAUGAGUCAUUGAAUUUCUCUCGCGUGGUAGGGUCAGUGCGCAGUGAGUCAAGAGAUGUGCUCAGUGGCUUUGGCUUGGCCAUCAUGGAGGUGCCGAUGCCGGGUCAGGCCUCCCCAGCACCUGUGCCGCAAGACAUCCGCAUCUUGGUCUUCACAAGCGAACCAGACCGAGAUGCACUGGCCAGCUUACUGGAAAGCUUACAGAACGACCAUCGCUCGUUCCGCCGGCAUGGCGCCUCGAUUUUUGCCUGCCUGCCCGGUGCUUCAAACUGCCUAGCGGGUUGUGUGAAACCACUACGGAAAGCGCCCACACUACCUCACGAAAUAUCAGAGCUGUCAGCACGCCUGGCCGCUCGGUCGGGCGAGGCCCUGGGAAGGACCCGAGUGGACAAAGAAGGCUGCACAGUAAACUUGGACGAGUUCAAGGCGUUUGCCAAGCAGAUGUUCGAUCGUCAGGCAAACACUGCGGCGACCAUGAGUGGGAGUCUGGGAGACCUUUCCAGUGCUUUCCGACAGCCCGGGUACAGCCGGCGAAAGGAUACAAAGGAGAGCCACGUGACCACUAAUACGAAAGCUUCAGUGACUACUCCCCACGCAAAGGGGCCGCGCGACCAGUUGCAGCCGAGUGAUGCUGCAAGCCUCCUUCACAGGCUGCUACUGCAGGAUGAUGCUCCGCCUGCAGUUGACGGGCAGCCCAUGCUGCUGACGGAGCAUCUUUUCAACGACCCAAAGCUGCAAAACCGUCUGGGUGAUGGCGGUCCGGCUGCGAUGUCGCUGGAGAAAUGGAGUUGGUUUCUAGUCCAGGUCCAGAACGAGGAGCGUGGCUUGGGCGGCAAGGCAUUGAAGCCUGAUCUUUACCGGCCUGGUCACGACAUGACCCGGCCGCUGACAGAGUACUGGAUAGCCUCCGCUCACCACGUACUCCUGGAGAACCUAGCCGAUGGUCAGGAGCACUUGCUUCCCAUUGUGGGUGCGCUGCGGGCGGGGUGUCGCUGCAUCAGCCUGGCACUCAUGGAGAGCGCCUCAGAGCUGCAGGUCAUUCUCCAGCAGAGCCGUGUGCCACUGGCAGACCGGACCUCAGCAUGGGAAGCAGCAUCACUACUGGUUGGUCCUUUGCUUGCGACAACUCACUUCCUCCCAGUCACGGGGGUAGCAGAGGUGCUGUUUGACAAGCUGGGUGACCGCCUGUGGAGGAGCGGUGCAGAGAUGCCCUCACCUGAAGCUGCCAAGGGCCAUGUGGUGGUCGUGCUGGCUCCGGGAUGUGACAUGGACCCGGCAUUGGAACCGCCGAAACCUCCCAUCCGGAAGUUGCAGAAAGGCUACAGCACGCGCUGGCAAGAAAGCGAAACAACUGAAGAAGUUGUGGAGGCGUGGCAAGAAGCGGCCAAUCGCUUUGCAGUGUGGUGCGGACAGGUUUUUGACCGGAAGUUUGCGCAGCAACCACCUGGCGGGAUCACGGUUGGCUUCUUGCCCUCUGAUGAGCUGUGUACUCUUGCUGAGUUCAAGCAGCAGACGAUGCUGGAGUACCACAGGCAGUAUCUGACGCUGACCUUCCCACUGGCUCCCCGCGAUGCACCAGUUAAUUACAACUUGGCUGCAGCCUGGUCGUGCGGCGUUCAGAUGGCAGCCAUGACCGUGGCAUCGGGUGCAGCUCGAGCAGAUGGCGCUACGCUGGUGCAAGCCGGACUGUUCUCUCUUAACGGGGGCUGCGGCUAUGUGCUGAAGCCGCCGUACCUCAGAAAUUGCAUUCGGCAAGAAGACAGCCUCGAGGUUGCCGCGCCGGCACCAAAGCCGCUCUACCUGGAGGUCCGUUUGCUUGCUGCACGGGCUGUGCCGGGCAUGGAUGAAACUCCGUGGCCCAGAGGGCCUGUUGUUCUGAGCGCCAGCAUUUGGGGUGCUCCUUCUGAUUGUGCGCGUCAGGAUUACCAGCCCGUCAAAUCCUCGGGUGCCGUCCUCUCUUGGCCAAAUGCUGCAGGAUUGGGCUUCAACAUCGCUGCUCCGCAGGUUGCCAUCCUGGUCAUGGAGCUUUUCGAGCUGGAUUCGUCACCAGGAGGCUACCAGCGCGUUGCAUUCUUCGCUGCACCUGUGCAUGGGCUUCGGCAGGGGCUCCGGUGGAUGCCUCUGCGCUCACAUGUUGGUACUGUGCAAGCAACGCUUCAUGGGCCUUUAUCAGGGAUGCUCGCGCACAUCUCCCUUGUGGAAGGGGGAAGGCGUGCGUCGCUCCAGAGAGCAAGUCCACUGGCAGCUUCUGGGCGUUUCUGA